AUGUCUUCCUCUUGUGGAGAUGCCAAUGUCGAAAUGACCAAAGACGACACCGACAUCACGCAUGAUAACUCUGCCAAGAAUGACAAGAAAAAGAAGUCUAUCAUUCCUAGGCUUUUUGGUGUAAAGAGAACAGGACGCGAAGGCUCAGACGAAGACAUAUUCAAAUCAGAUGGGGAUGGCAAUGAUUAUCAUCUAGAUUUGGAGAAAAAGAUUGCUGCUAGGAGACAAGCUUUCAUGGAGGCAACUCCUAUCAUGAGAAAGAAUUUUUCAGAUAGGCAGGCUAGUCCCGGGAUUCAAAGCCUAAACCUAUCAAACUUUGAACACUCUAUGGCGCCAGCAACUGAGACUAAAGAAUUCCGGAUAUUUGUGGCGACAUGGAAUGUGGGAGGAAAGUCACCUAACAAUGGCCUCAGCCUCCAAGAUUUCUUGCAGGUGGAGGGCUCUUCGGACGUCUAUGUUUUAGGGUUUCAGGAAAUUGUUCCUCUAAGUGCUGGAAAUGUUCUAGUGAUUGAGGACAAUGAACCAGCAGCAAAAUGGCUAGCCCUCAUAAACCAAGCACUGAAUAAACCCCAAAUCGCAUGCUCCAAUGUGCAUUCUUCUUCAGAUUCAUCAAACCAGGGUUCCAACAACAACACCACCAAGGAAUCCAAGUCCCCAGGCAGUCUCAACAUCUUCCAGAAGCCUUCUCUAAAAGCUCUCAGAAAAAGCUUCAAAGUAAACAGCAGCCUUCUCAAGUCUUGCAACUGCCCUGUGGAGUAUCCAUACCAAGAAAGGCGGCGGAUAAGAAAGCUCAGUGAUGCUACCAGUGAAUCAGACUCAGCAGCUUCUCCUCGAGGCAUUUAUGGCAGUGAUGGUUGUGUAGAUGAAUUUCUUGCAAUUGCUGGGAUUCAGUCCCCGUCUUCCUCUGGCGACAUGAAUUACCGCCUUGUAACAAGCAAGAAGAUGGUGGGGAUUUUCCUAUCGGUUUGGGUUCGAAAAGAGUUGGUUCAUCACAUUGGCCAUCUCAGAGUCUCCACUGUAGGAAGAGGAAUAAUGGGUUGCCUCGGAAAUAAGGGAUGCAUAUCAAUAAGCAUGACAUUGCACCAAACAAGCUUUUGCUUCGUUUGCUGUCACUUGGCUUCCGGGGAGAAGGAAGGUGAUGAGCUCAAGAGGAACGCAGAUGUGACUGAGAUCCUCAAAAGCACACAAUUCCCCAAGAUCUGCAAGAAUCCAAAUCGUCGUCCUUGCGAAAGAAUAACUGAUCAUGAUCGGAUGAUAUGGCUUGGAGAUUUGAAUUAUCGGAUGGCUUUGAGCUAUGAGGAAACAAGGGUUUUGUUGGAGGAUAAUGACUGGGACACCCUUCUAGAGAAGGAUCAGUUGAAUAUAGAGAGAGAGGCUGGGAGAGUAUUCAGUGGGUUCAAAGAGGGGCAAAUCUUCUUUGCCCCCACUUACAAGUAUUCUCAUAAUUCAGACUCUUAUGCUGGAGAAACUGCCAAGUCCAAGAAGAAACGACGAACUCCUGCAUGGUGUGAUAGGAUACUAUGGCGCGGUGAGGGCUUUGAACAAUUAUCUUAUAUUCGAGGGGAGUCAAGAUUCUCAGACCACAGGCCUGUUUGUGCUGUGUUCUCAGUGGAAGUUGAUGUUCUUAGAAGCAAAAACAACAGAUUCAGAAAGGGCUAUUCGUGUGCCGCUCCACGGCUUGAAUAUGAUGAAUGCAUGCCUCAGAGACAUAGCUUCUAUGAGUUUUAG